CGAGACUUGAGUUUUUAGUCAGAAUUAUUUGUGUUGUUCAGCUAAGUAAAUGUAAGAAUUGAGAGAAAGAAAAUUAAAUCAUACGUGUCUCUAGGUGCUGAUUCCGUGCGUUCCUGAUGCAAUAAUUUACCAAAAAUUCCAGAGUCAGAGGACACACAUACACACGGAUGAAUUUGUGCACACAUUUUUAUUAACCAAAUAUUUUCCAUCGUUUUCUGCGAGAUUCAUACUGAUUCUACGAAUAAUACAGAUUCACUCCCCCAAGUCAAGGAGGAUAUCAAGGAGCAACAACACUCAGAACAUUUGUCGUUUGUGGCGUCAAACCACUUGGAAAAUUCAAAAUGGAUUUGCUGGCCAUUGGACAGUCGGUGAUCGUUCAGCGAUCGAAUGGGGAAACCCACACGGCCAACAUCAUUCGACUGAAUGCAGAGCGCGAACUCGUGACUGUGCAGUGGACUGAUGCGGAUGGCGUCAAGGGGAAGGAUCUGCAUUUGGGUCGAAUUAUUGAAACGAAUCCACAAAUAUUUGCUCGCAACGCGGUCGUUCCGCCCGCACCAACCACAACUCUGCCGCAGCCGCAGUCGGAGUCGGAGUCGCUGCCUCAGCCGCAGUCGGAGUCGGAGUCGCUGCCUCAGCCGCAGUCGGAGUCGGAGUCGCUGCCUCAGCCACAGUCGGAGUCGCUGCCUCAGCCACAGUCGGAGUCGCUGCCUCAGCCGCAGUCGGGGUCGCAGCUGCAGAAGGAAGAAGUGACCACACCCCCAGCCCGUGUGCUUCCGGAGGAACUCGCGAAGCCGGACACAGAAACUUUGAUUCGCUAUUACCGCAAGCGGUUGGAGUUGCAUCCGCUCGUGGCGGUGGGGUUGUCGGGACCCAUGAAGGCCAGCGGCAUAAUGGUCUGCGUGCGCAAGCGUCCGCUCAACCCAAAGGAGGUGGCCGCGCGCGAGGUGGACGUGAUCAGCCUGCAGCCGCCGAAUAUGCUCGUGGCGCAUGUCAUGCGCAGCCACGUGUACCGAGAUCCCAUCUUGAACCACCAGCACUUCUGCUUCGACCGCGUCUUCGGCGAGGAUAGCUCGAACGCCGGCGUAUUCAACUUCACGGCUCGCCCCCUCAUCCGCCACAUCUUCGAGGGCGGCUGGGCCACGUGCUUCGCCUAUGGGCAGACGGGCAGCGGCAAGACCCACACCAUGGGCGGAGUGGUGGAGGGAAAGAAUCAGAACGUGAUGGACAGCAUCUAUGCCAUGGCCGCCAGCGAAGUGUUCUCGAUUCUGCAGGAGCCAGAAAGUGCCCAACGGAACCUGCGCGUCGGCUGCAGCUUCUUCGAGAUCUACAACACGAAAAUCUACGACCUGCUGAGCCCCGGCAAUAAGCAGCCGCUGCGCAUGCAAGAGAACUGCCAAAAUCAGAUGGAGGUGAUGGACCUGCUCGAGUGCCCGACGAGCGGCACCGCCGAGGUGCUGGCGCUGCUGAAUACGGGCAAUGGCGCCCGCGCCCUGGGCAAGACCUCGGCGAACGAGAAGUCCUCCCGCUCGCAUGCAAUCUUCCAGAUUGUCCUGCGCAGCGCCGACUCCCAGAAAGCGUAUGGCAAAUUCUCGCUGAUCGAUCUGGCCGGCAGCGAGCGGGCUGCGGAUAACUCCAGCUCGGACAGCCAGACGUGCACGGAGUCCGCGGAGAUCAACAAAUCCCUGCUGGUCCUCAAGGAGUGCAUCCACGCGAUGGGGCGCAAGGACCCCUACAUACCCUUUCGCGACUGCAAGCUCACGCAGGUGCUGCGCGACUCUUUCAUCGGCAAGAACGUAAAGACCUGCAUGAUAGCGACUAUUGCGCCGGGUAUGCGCAGCGUGAACAGCACCCUGAACACCCUGCGCUACGCGAAUCGCGUCAAGGAGCUCAAGGUCCAGGCCCCGGUCGUGCCGCCCAUGCCGCCCAUGCCUCCCCCGACCUCCCAGCCGCCAAAGGCCCUUGAGUCGGACGCCACUGAGAAACGCCCAGCUGCCGAUCCCAUAGGCCAUGUCCCAACGUACACCGUUAAUGGCCAGAUAUACUGUUCGCUCUGCUCGCAGCCUGUGGCCUGCAUGCCCGUCCUGUGUCCCUAUUAUGGUAAAUCUAAUAAAAAACCCCAGUAA